CUUUCUCAUCCUCAUCGUCGUCAUCUUUAUCAUCGUUGCGGCCAUUAUUCUGUACUUUAACUAUGUUGCCAUCGAGGAGGUGUCUGUUUUACCGACAGAAAAGGACCAAGGAGGCUGGUGCCAAGGCGUCGUGUGCCCUUACGGAGAGUGCCAGCGCGGGCAGUGUGUAUGCCCGAGUGGAUGCCGCAGCGACCGACCUGUGUGUGGCAGUGACGCCGCGACCUAUGCCUCCAAGUGCCACUUACUGCGCCAUGUCUGCACUUCCGGGGCCAACGUCACGCUGGCGCACGCGGGUCCUUGUCAAACUUAUUGUGGUCGCCUCGCUCGGCAACCUUGCCCCCCACCAAGAAAAAGCUGAAAUGACGCCCUGCUGA